AUGGCCACUCACCCCUCCGGCCAGCGAAGAGCAGAGGACCUGCAGAACAGAAAACUGUUCAAGGCCGCCGGGCCCCGGGGCUGGGAAAUAUGGCGAGGACUCCAAGAAGCCGUGUCUCAGCAGAGGAUUGCUAAAUUUGGAAGUCUGGAGUGGAUCCAGCCCAGGAUUGCAGCUCGCACGCCUCAGCGGUGGGCCCGGGAGGCCCCUGGCUCCUGGUCUGCCCUGCCCGCAGCCGGCCGGAUCGCCGCUCCUGUCCGCCCCCCAGUCCAGCCCUGCCGAGGGUCCCCCAGCCUUCCAGGCAGGGUGAGGGGGGCAGAAGCCUCCGAGGGCACUGGGAUGAAGUCCAUGGGCUGGCUGAACGGUCCACUGGCCGAGACCACAGGCCUCCGAGUGCGGUGUCCGGGGGGCCCUUGGGUGAAGGAGGAAACCGGCGCCGUCUCCGUGCGCCCCGACGGUGAUUUGGAGCUGGGAAGCGAGCUGGCGCGGCUCACGCUGCUCUGCCUUCUGUCACUGCGAACGCCGGGCACCGCGUGUGCGGGAGUCAGGAUGGCCGCGACCGGGGACGGCGGAGCCGAGGCCACCUGCCCUGGCCCUCUGCCGAAGGCGGAUGCUCCUGACGGAAGCCGGGGCCCAGGUUCCAGACCCGUGAACCCUGCUGGAAAAGCCCCGUCCACCCUCCCCACCACCCCAAUGCCUGGCAAGUGGCUGCAGGAGCCGGCCAUUAAUCAAGACUCACUGGCCCUGGGAACGGCCAGUGCCCAGGAGGAGGCGGCCUGGGCGCUGCGGGCGCUCGGAGCCGUGUCUCCAGUCAGUUUGCUCUCCCCGGAGGAGCCCGGGCAGCCUGCUGUCCCCCCAGCGCGCGCUGGCCGGGAUGGGCUCCCUGUGUUCUUGCGUCUCUGUGGGGAAGGUGGCCUUGCCUGUCCGCGGGGAACACGGGGCUCGCAGCACCGCACCCCGGAGCCAGGGAAGGGCACGCUUGCCGGGGCCACUGCACGAGGAAGCCAGCUCCUGCACGGCUGGCCCAGCAUCCCUUUCUCUAUGGCUGAGAGCUGGAACAGCUGGUGGAUGCGGAGGAACCUUCCUUCAGAUGCUGGGAACCCACCAUCGCAUGAAGCCACCACAGCCCCUGCUGCCCUGGAUCCCGGGCUGUUCCUCGAGCAAGGGAACCGGCAGAGCACGGACCCCCCCCACGAGGGGCGGUGGUGUGGAAUCCAGGAGCAUCCGUGCAGCUCGGGACCCGAGCCUGCGUCACUGCCACACGGAGCAUCCAGGUUUCGUUGUCAGGCGCUGUCUUUGGACUGGUCCUGA